AUGGCGAAGAUCGGUUACCCAAUCAUACCACUCCAGCACAGGAGUAAUUGCAGACAUUCGAUUCCGCCGCCUGAGCGAAUGGUGGAGCUGAAGCUCCCGAGCUCAAGCCCGCUAUCGUCGUCUGAAGGUGAUUCUGCAAUAUUCCUAUGGGGACGGAAAAUCGAGGCCUGCUCUCCACCAUCGGCCCUCAGCGUCGAAGCAUCGUCUUCAACUCAGCAGCAUAACGCACAGAACGGUUCUGGUGACGACAAAGAAUCUGGAAGACGAAUAAUUCGUGGUGGAAAUCUCGCCGCAGGUCACCCGUCGGAGGUGCGCACCGUGAUACUCUAUGGGAUUCCGAUAGUCGCGCUGCUCAUCGAUGGCCAAGAGCGAUUAUCGCUUGCGCAAAUCUCGAACACUCUGUUGAAGGAUUUCUCCUACAAUGAGAUUCACAAUCGUCGCGUUGCACUCGGAAUCACGUGUGUGCAGUGCACGCCCGUUCAAUUGGAGCUGCUCAGAAGGGCCGGGGCUAUGCCUGUCUCCUCCAGAAGAUGCGGCAUGAUAACGAAACGUGAGGCCGAGCGCUUGUGUAAGAGCUUCUUAACCGAAUCAUCUCCGCCCAAGCUGCCCGACAAUUUCUCUUUCGAUGUCGUGCACGCCUGCGCCUGGGGCUGUCGUGGAUCCUUCGUGCCGUCGAGAUACAACUCUUCGAGAGCGAAAUGCAUCAAGUGCGCUCUUUGCGGUCAAUUUUUCUCUCCGAACAAAUUCAUCUUUCACUCUCAUCGUCUGCCUGAAGCGAAAUACGUCCAACCGGAUGCAGCCAACUACAACUCGUGGCGACGUCACAUUCGCCUAGCGGGCAACCCAUUGAACGAUGUUCUCUACGCGUGGGAGGACGUCAAAGCUAUGUUCAACGGGGGCAGUCGUAAGCGGGUGAUCGUUUCUUCCUCCUCGCAGAACAGUGGUUCUGUCAGCGACACGAACUCAAGUCACCAUUCCGCCGCGAAAAAAGUCAAGGCUUCAACCACGACAUCUCUAUCUGAUCAGUCACUAGCGGCGUCAGCGACUCAGAUCGGAAUGAACUUCGGCAUGAACGCCAAAAACGGAACCGACUACUUCGCUUCGAUGAUCUCGUCGUUCAACUUCAAUCCCGAUUCUGAUCAUAGCUUCAUGCCUCCCAUGCCUCCAUUGUUCUGUCUGCCAACCUCGGCCGGCCCGCAUUCGAAGCCACCAAUAAAUCCGUUCGCUGACGGCAUGCUAAUGCGGCGACUCCCCUUCUGGGGCAGUCCCCCCUCGGACAAAAUAGUUUCAUCAAUACAGGAUCCGAUUCAACUUCACCGUCUCUGUAUGCCUCAGCUUUCAAACCUGUCCCGACGAAUAUCUGUCAGUCACCAAGCAAACGAAUCCGAAAAUGAGCCCGAUGUCGAAGUGAACGUCGAAGAAGAUGAGGAAGAGGACAUCGACGAAGUGGACCCCCUCGAGGUUGGCAAAGACGAAACAUCCGUACAGAAGGACGAUUCGGGAGCAUCGCUGGACGUGAGGUCGGAUGAACGCUCUACGAGCUCGCCCUUCCUGCCGCAUCUCGAUUCUGGGAAUUCGAGAACGUUCGCUCACCUGUCGAAAGAAGAGCUUCGCGUGAUGCUACAACAAGAGACGGAAAGGAGACGAAGAGCAGAGAAAGAAGUUGGUUCUGUGAGAGAAACCCUCGAGGAACAGUUACGGAAGGAAUCGAGUUACAAGGAGGCGUUCGCAAAGCAACUACAGGUUGUUAGAGACGCCUUCUCUCAAGAGCUCGAGCAAGAGAGGAAGACCCGUAUUUCUGCGCAGCAGAAAGUCAAGGAAGCCCAUGAAACACUGCAACAGCUUCGAGCCGAUUUUAGAAACGUCGCAUACGUAUCACCGAGGAACAUGGAAAUCGUCAAACACGAGUAA